UCUCGUGUGUUUGCUACCCUGUCUGUGUCCUGUCAUGGAUAAUAAAGACUCAUCUUACCUGAAAACCUCGAGCUUCCAGAGUUCUUCUCUGCAUUUUGAUCCAUUAAAAACCCACUUUAUGACUAAAGGAACCAGCCAACUGGACCAAGCGGGAGGAAUGGGGAGGGAAUUUAAGAGAGGUGAAGUCCUCAUAAAACUGUUUACCCACCUUGCUCCCAGCUCCCCAUGGAGAAGGCUGGAGAUAGCUGGGAGCCUCCAAGACUGGCUCGAGGCGAGGAAGGAUUUUUUCCCUGAUCCUCGGAUCCACCGCACCAUCGAGGCCGAUCAACAAAGGGCCCUGGGAGAAAUUGUCGCUUCAAUGAGGAGGCGUCCUACCCUCUCCUCCAUUCGCCUCACCACUGAAGCUGGAGGCGGCUUUCUGGAUCAUGUUUUAGCUCCUGAUCAGCCAUCGCCACUGCUUCCGACUCCUAAUCCUAUUCUUGGUGCAGUUUCGGAGGGGUUCAUGGAUGAAUCGCCUCCACUUCCUGCUCCUGUUCCUGGUUCUGUUCCGGAGGGGUCCCAAACCGAGCCGCCCUCACACUUUGUUCUUAUUUGUGAGGGGCUCAUGGAUGGACUGCCUCCACUUCCUGCUCCUCUUCCCGGUCCUGUCUUGGAGGGCUCCGUGGACGAACUGCCUCCAUCCCUGAUUCCCCUUCCGGAGGUGUUUGUGGAGGACCUGUCUCCACUUCCUGUUCCUGUCCCUGAGGGGUGCGAGGACAUAUCCUCUCCACCCGCUGUGUCUCAGUGGCUCCGCCGCAGAUAUCCACGGCCUCACCGAAGGUCCCAGUGGUCUCCGCACCGCUCCACCGUGGGUUCUCCCGGUCCCGCCGCCGGCUGUCAGAUCUUCUACUCCUACGUCGCCGGCCUGCUGAUUGCCUGCCGCCUGAAAUCAGGCUCCUCUCAUGUGGAACCAGCUCCCAGUUUUAGUCCAAACUACAUCUGGCCUGGCACUGUGUUUAGCUGUGGUACCUUCCUAGAGGGGGGCAUUGGCCAAGCUCCUGCUGGCAACAACUUCAUGCUCACCUUAUACAGAUGAUACACUUGGCCCUGUCUUUCAGUGUUAACCAUGUCUCUCCUAGACAUACAGUAGCUACUGGCUGAGCUUCUACUUUUACUAACUGUAUGUGCUUUCUUUCAUACUCAAGUCUUGAAAACUGGCUCAGAGUUCACCUGCUUAGCUGUCUUUCUCUCCUAGAUAAAACCACUAAAGGAGCUAUAACCAGUAAUGCUUUACGUUUCUUUCCCAUAUAAAGUACUCCUGGAUCAGUG